AUAUAAGAGCAUAAAUACUAAAAAGAUGUUAUAAUAUUAUUCUGAAAUGCACCAUGAAAACAGUGUAAAUGCACAAGGGACAGGGCAGGUCAAUCAGCCCAAGCAUACAAGAUACAAUGUGACACUUUACAUUCAGAAACACACAAAUAUUUUACGAUUCAUAAUGUCAAAAGGCACAAACACUGAGGGCUGGGUGUGAAUGUAACAUCACAAAGACGAUGCCGAGAUACCAAUGCCAUCAUGUACAUGGUGAAAAAAUGUGUGGGCUGAAGGAAAGGUAAUGUCAGGUAAUAACUAUGAGAGCCAUUAAGAUUAAACAGUCUGAUUUAAUUUUUCUUCCAUUAUAGCAACAAACAUUUAUUUUCACAGAGUAAGAACCUCAGAAGUUUUAGAAAUUCUCUGGGUUUCAUUAUAUUCAAGGGUCAGAUUUUAACACAGGUCAAAGACUGAGCUAUGCCACUGGCUGCCAAUCUCUAAAAACCAUGCAGACACACUGACAUUGUAAUUGUGACUGCUCAUGAGCUCAUGCAUGUGGUUUCUUUGCCGUUUGCCGUUGCAGUUAAGACAUCCUGACACGCCUGCCAGCCUUAAAAUGGCUGCUUAUCUCCUCUGACCACAGCCAUCUAAAUGUUAUGAGCGACAGCCCCAGUUUCAGUGGCAUCACAUGAAUCUCACAAUUUUGAUGACAUGCAGCAAGGAAACUUGUCACAAACUUAGAGAUUACUUGUCAUGUUGACAAAAGCGCUAAACUACAGACAGAUAAAUUCAGAUCUUUUCCUCAGUAAAUUACACGGUCAAAAUGUCUCCACAGAGACAGCUAACUUUGGCAAAUGGGUCAGGGCAGGAGAGGAUGAGGUGCAAAAGUGCAUCAAAAAUGAAAUAAUGGGGAACAUAAGUCUGGUUAGCAGGCGAUAUAUGGUUUGCCCGCUACAUCAUCAUCUGGAGGUCAAAGUCCCUGUCUCAAAGGCGUUCAAAUUAAUCACAGCUGAACAGAAGAGUUAUUCAGCCAGGCUCAGAGACAUGAUAACAGUAGUGUCACAGCUCAGCCAAUCUCAAAAUACUCAAUAUGUCACAGCGGACCAAAGGCACAGUUCAGCUGGUUAAGCUCUCCCUGGCUCUUUCUGUCUACCUCCACCCUCUCGCUCACGUGACUGAGGGUCUGGUUACAUAAACAUGUUCAGAUCCAGAGAAUGAAUCCAGCUCUACAGAUAUAUUUGAUGAUGGGAAAUGCUUCAGACACACCUGCUGUGUUUACCUCCACCAUCUCCAAGGAGCACGACAUCCUCAUGGGUUCACUCUACAGCGUAUUUUGUAUACUGUCCCUCAUGGCAAACUGCAUUCUGCUACUUGUUGCAUAUCACAAGCGAUCGACCUUGAAGCCAGCAGAGUUCUUCAUCGUCAAUCUCUCCAUCAGUGACCUUGGGAUGACGCUCUCUUUAUUCCCAUUGGCAAUACCUUCACUUUUUUCACACAGGUGGCUGUUUGGAGAAAUCACCUGUCAGCUCUAUGCUAUGUGUGGAGUACUAUUUGGUCUAUGCAGCUUGACCAACCUCACAGCCCUCUCUUUAGUGUGCUGCCUUAAAGUCUGCUUCCCGAACCAUGGUAACAAGUUCUCCUCGUCACAUGCCCGCCUCCUGGUGGUUGGAGUGUGGUGUUAUGCAUCUGUGUUUGCUGUAGGGCCCUUGGCACAGUGGGGACAUUACAGUCUUGAACCUUACGGCACAGCCUGCUGCAUUGACUGGCAUGCACCCAACCACGAGCUUUCAGCUUUGUCUUACAUCGUCUGCCUUUUCGUCUUUUGCUAUGCACUGCCCUGCACCGUCAUCUUCCUCUCCUACACUUUCAUUCUGCUGACAGUGCGGGGGUCACGCCAGGCUGUCCAGCAGCAUGUGUCACCACAGACCAAGACCACCAAUGCACACACUCUCAUUGUCAAGCUGUCAGUAGCAGUAUGUAUAGGCUUCCUGGGUGCCUGGAGCCCAUAUGCUGCCGUGGCCAUGUGGGCUGCUUUCGGAGACGCCACACAGGUUCCUCCUGAUGCAUUCGCCCUUGCCGCUGUGUUAGCCAAGUCUUCGACUAUCUACAACCCCAUGGUCUACCUGCUGUGUAAGCCCAACUUUCGCGAGUGUCUCUACAGAGACACAUCUAUGUUACGACAGAGGAUCUACAGGGCAAGUCCACAGUCAGAUCCGAAAGAACGUUUCGGAUCCACCUCACAGCGCAACAAGGACGUAAGCAUCUCCACGCGUCUCUCAAACGGACAGCAGGAGAGCUAUGGGGCGUGUCUGCACUGCACUGAGAAUGCAGCACCGUGUCAUGUGACCGCACCCCAAAGGACUGCCUGCAUCCUGACUGGAUCCACCUACAGAGAGGUGACAGUUAACCAGCUCUCAGCCAAACCACAGGCUGAUUUACUCUAGUGGUACAACCGACUUCUUUCGUGAAGCAAACAAGACAAAACAGGUGCUCAAAAACACAGAGAUUUCUUGGCAUGGACAACAAAACAACAAAGGACCUGCACAAGUUAUAAUUAGUGAGUGUGUCACUAAGACUUUAUAGCAUGACAACACCAGUCUUGCAAGGACCUUCGAUAGCAUCCUUCCUGAAAGUCACUCAUAAAUGGCCCUUUCAUUGUGAAAAGAUUUUUAAAAAAUCCACACUGGGCUUACUUCAUCUGAGAAGAUUUGCCACAGAAAUGUAUACUUGGAAUGUCUUGAUGCCUACUUCUGUGUCAGCUUGUUUCCUGUUUCAUUUUAAUGUACAGUAAUUUAACUGGAUUCUGCAAGGAGCAGAAAAUGAGACUGGAGUAUCCCUGCUGGCUUCAAGGUUAAUUAGAUAAAUGUGUGACAUUUUAAAGCAGAACAUACUGCUUAAUGGAUAAACCAUGUUUAAUAUCUGGCCAGUGCGAACAAAUCACAUUAUAAGAAAAAAGAUAAGGAGAAUUAUUGUGAAGGAUUGUAAAGAAGAUGAAGAAAUUGUUUAUGGUCCUUCCUGUGAUAGCAAGACUAACAGGUUAAUGUGUAACCAAAGGAUAUGUGUAACCCUAACCCCAACACCCAACUCUAACCCCCAGGUGGUGAAGAUGAUAAAAUAUUCACUCCCUUCAGGCUUGAAUGUUUCUAUGGACAUUUUGUCCUUGUCACCAUUGGAAUCCAUCGUAACAGAGACAUAAAAUCAAACUGACAGCUGCUGUUUUCUGUAAGGAAUGAAACAACCAACUUUUAACAGCCACUUCAAGCCAGGUCGAGGGGGGUCGAGUGUUGAUGGUGGAGUAUCACUUAAGUGAAGACGCCCGUACUUGAUGAGGCUCUACUGUGCCAUGUGGCCUGCAGUCAUUCUCCUACUGUAGACUGCCAGAUAAAACCGGCAAAACCGAGUUUGCACACUGCAAACCUUAAGACUGUUUCCCAGAAAGAAAAUCUAAUUUGGACACAUGAAAAUGGGACUAGUCAAUUUUACCUCAUGUUUAGGCAUUAACUUUGACAGAAAUGUAUACUUUUAUCUAGUGACCAACCCAAGUCUCUUUCCUUUGGAGGAUUCCUUAACUUAUAUUUUUAAUCUUGAUCUGCUUUGUAAAGAAAACACAGUACUUACUAACAUGAGUGACACCUGUAAUUUCAGACCAUUUCACAGGACCUUUUCAAAACAAUCGUCUGUUCAGGAAACAAGAGAAACCAGGGGAAGUUCAAUUUUUUUUUAAUUAAAUGUCCAGGGAAAACAAUGGACAAUAGGAUUUUCAAAGUAGCCCAUAGCAGUGAAAAUGUUUGAAGCUCCUUGGUUACAGAUAAUCAUGUUCUGAAUCAUUUUCUAAUUAUGUUUUUGAUUAGCAUUAAUUGACAGAAGUGUCUAUAAUCUCUAAUGCAUAUUAGAUUAUAGAUGCUCUUAAGUUUGUAUGCUAAUUUAUGCGCAUUAACUGUAAAAAUGAAGCUAUCAAUUAAAAUAAAUUAUCUUUGGAAUUUAA